GAGUCAUGGCGUCUUACAGUAAGCUGUCAGAUCUUUUCCCUAUUCAAAGCCAGCUAGACUAUGCUUUAGAGGACGCGACGACUCAAGAAAAGAAGGAAAAUCUCGUACAUCAGUAUUUGCACAAAAUAGACGAAAAGGGCGAUUUAAUUAUACCGGAUUUUGAAGAAGGACUGGAAUGGUUGAACACAGACGGCCCACUGUCAUUCAGGAAGGAACUGUCAGGCAAAGUGGUGGUGCUUGACUUCUUCACCUACUGCUGCAUAAACUGCAUGCACCUACUUCCUGAUCUACACCAGCUGGAGCAGAGUUACACCGUAGAAGAUGGUCUGGUUGUCGUAGGUGUGCACUCGGCCAAAUUCCCCAAUGAGAAAGUCCUACAGAACGUAUGCAGUGCGGUGUUAAGAUAUGACAUCACCCAUCCCGUAGUGAACGACAGCGAUGCCCGCCUGUGGCAGGAUCUUGAGGUGUCCUGCUGGCCCACCCUGGUGCUGCUGGGACCCAGGGGGAAUCUGCUUUUCUCCCUGGUGGGUGAAGGCCAUCGAGAACAGCUCUUCCUUUUCACUGCUGCUGCCCUCAAGCACUAUAGAGAACUAGGGCUGCUCAAGGACCAUGAUGUGGGAAUUAAACUGUAUAGAGAAUCCCUGCCCCCUUCCAUCCUCUCUUUCCCUGGGAAAAUAGCCAUGGACCCCAGGAGCAAGCGGUUGGCUAUUGCCGACACAGGACACCACAGGGUACUGGUGAUCUCCAAUACCGGGCAGGUGCUGCACACUAUAGGGGGUCCCUCGAGUGGGAGACAAGAUGGAAAUUUGUCCGAGGCACAGUUCAGCUCCCCACAAGGGGUGUUCAUAAAGGGAGACACGGUCUACGUGGCUGACACUGAGAACCACCUUGUUAGAAAGAUCAACCUUUCAGAAGGAAAAGUCUCGACUUUAGCUGGCAUUGGCGUUCAAGGCACAGAUAAAGAAGGCGGAGCACCGGGACCAGAACAGCCAAUCAGCUCUCCCUGGGAUGUUACCCUUGGCAACGCAGGUGGUGAUGUGUUGUGGAUAGCCAUGGCAGGAACGCAUCAGAUCUGGGCUCUCUUCCUAGAGGACGGGAAGCUUCCCAAAGGGAGCAACAGCAAAAAAGGAACAUGUGUGCGCUUUGCGGGCAGUGGGAAUGAGGAGAACAGAAAUAACGCGUACCCUCAUAAAGCGGGUCUGGCUCAGCCGUCAGGCCUGGCUCUUGCCCCGACUGAGCCCUGGGAGUGUCUCUUUAUCGCUGACAGUGAGAGCAGCACCAUUCGGAGCCUUUCACUGAAGGAUGGAGCAGUCAAACAUGUGGUGGGGGGAGAGAGAGACCCUCUGAACCUGUUUGCGUUUGGAGACGUUGAUGGUAAAGGCAUAGAUGCAAAACUGCAGCAUCCAUUAGGAGUGUGCUGGGAUGAGGGCAACAGCCUCCUCUAUGUGGCCGAUUCUUACAAUCACAAGAUCAAAGUGGUGGAUCCAAAGACUAAGCAGUGCAGGGUGCUCGCAGGCACAGGGAAGGCUGGGAACGGACUCGGCCCGAGCUUUCUGGACUCCAGCUUCAACGAACCCGGAGGCCUGUGUCUGGGCGAGGGAGGAAAGCUGCUGUAUGUGGCGGACACCAACAACCAUUGCAUCAAAGUCCUGGACCUGGAGACCAAAACGGUCUCUUUGUUUCCCAUUUUAGUUCAGCAAGAAGUUGAUGCUGUCAUCACAACCGCCACUAGCAACACACCUGCGGUGAGAAAGCUUCCCAAGCUUCCCAAAUCAGCCCCAGUCCUUACAAUGCCAUCAAUCACAGUUUCUUCAGGCCAGUCAGUCACUCUUUCGCUGAAAUUGGCACUACCGGCUGGGACCAAGCUGACCGAAGAAGCCCCUAGUUUCUGGAGCUUAUCUGCAGAAGGUAAUGAGUGGUUACUGGAAGGGCGAGCUGUCAUGGGGAGCAUCGGUGAUCUCUCUGAACCCAUCUCGAUCGUCUCAUCCAUCCCAGCGGCCCCUGCGUCCCCAGACCCCAUCCUGACGCUCGACGUCUGGGUCUACUGCUGCCUUGUUGGGGGCGGGGCUUGUAUGAUGAAGGCAGUGUCCUUUAAACAGCCUCUUCUGAUUGGUUCCACACCUCAGGAAGGUUCUGUUGCUGUGACGCUUGAGCAUGCCUUUUAAAACAAGUGUAUGUCCAAAGAUCUUGGAGCACAUUUAAAGGGAUGGUUUAACCAAAAACAAAAAUUCUGUCAUUUACUCACCCUCAUGUCGUUCCAAAACUGUGACUUUUUCUGUGAAACACAGUAGAAGAUAUUUUGAAUGUUGGUAACCAAACAAUUUCAGUUACUAUUGACUCACAUUGAACAGACCAAAAUUUACAGUGUAAAUCAGCGGGAAUCAACUGUUUGGAUACCAGCCUUAUUCAGAAUGUUUUGAUUUAUGUUGCUUAGAAUAAGUCAUACAGGUUUGAGGGUCUUGGGUCGUCCAGAAAUGAAAACGGUAAUUUACUCACCCUCAUGUUCUUUUUAAAUCUGUCUGAAACUUUUCUUCUGUGAAACUUUGGUUCAUAUGAUUUAAAAAAAAAAAAAAAAAAAAAUAUUCAUUGGGGUUGUUUUGUAUGGAAGCCUGUUUCUGCCAUAGGAUAAAAAAAUAAAUACUUAAAGGUGACUGCAACUCUGUUUUUAUAUCUCGCAUUUAAAAAAAAAAAGUUUUUGUCUGUAUAAUGAAAGUCAGUGGGGUCCAAAAUUAUGGAAGCUUGUUUCCAUCACAGGAUAUAAAAAUAAAAAGGGUAAUUGUGAAUUAAUUUCACAAUUCUGACUUUUUUCCCCUUAAAAUUGUGAGAAAAGUCCAGAUUGUGAGGGGGGGAAAAAUACAAUUUUAAACUAAAAAGUCGCAAUUACUUUUUAAAAUAAAAUUGAAUUGGCAGAUUGCAAGAAAGUCAAAAUUGUGCAAAAAAGUCUUGAAAUUCAAAUAUUUUCAGAAUAGUUUUUCUUAGAAUCGUGAGGGAAAAACUCAGAAUUCUGACUUGCUUGCAAUUCUGAGUUUACAUCCCCCAUUUCUGCUUCUUUUUUCCCCAUCACGGAAUAAAAAUGGUAAAAAGUAAUUGUGACUUUAUGUUAAAAAUCUUUUUUUUCUCACAAUUUUGUCUUUUCCCCUCAGAAUUGCAAAAGAAGUCUAAAUUGUGAGGGGGAAAAAGAAAUCAGAAUUGUGAGAUUAAAAAGUCACAAUUUCCUUUUUUAUUUUUAUAUACUGUGGCGGAAACAAGAUUUUGAUAGUUUUGGACCCCAUUGACUUUAAUUAUAUAGACGACAACUUUUUUUUAAAUCAGAAUUGUGAGAUAUAUGCUCAGAAUUCAGACUUUCUUGCAAUUCUGAAUUUAUAUCUCCCAUUUCUGCUAUUUUUUUUUUCUUUUUUUUCCCGUCAUGGAAUAAAAAUUUAAAAAAUAAUAAUAGUGACCUUUUUAUCUUAAAAAUGUAUCUCUUUUUUUUUUCUCACAAUUGUCUUUUUUCCCUUGGAAUUGUGAUAAAAGUCUAAAUUGUCACAAUUUCCUUUUUUAUUUUUAUAUCCUGUGGCGGAAACAAGUUUCCAUAGAUUUAGACCCCAUUGACUUUCAUUAUAUAGACCAAAACAUUUUUUAUCAGAAUUGCGAGAUAUAAACUCAGAAUUCUGACUUUCUUGCAAUUCUGAGUUUAAAGCUCCCAUUUCUUAUUUAUUUUAUUUUUUUUUUUGUUUCCAUUAUGGAAUUUGAAAAAAAUGGUAAAAAGUUAUUGCAACUUUUUAUCUUUAAAAAUAUCUUUUUUCCUCCAAUUCUGUCUUCUCCCCCCCCUUGGAAUUGUGAGAAGUGUCCAAAUUGCAGAGAGAAAAAAAGGCAGAAUUGUAAGAUUUAAAAGUCACAAUUACCUUUGUUAUUUUUAUAUCCCGUGGUGGAAACAAGCUUCCAUAGUUUUGGGCCCCAUUGAAACAAAAACAUUUUUUUCCUCUUUUUGUGCUUGGUAGAAGAAAAACAGAACAACAUGAGGGUGAGUAAAUGAUGACACCAUUUUAUUUUACUCACCCUCAUGUUGUUUGUAUGAAACAUUUCUGUGAAACACAACGCUGGAAAAUGUGUUUUGUUGUUGUUGUUUUUUCAUAUGAUAAAAAAAAUUAGAUUCAUUGGGGUUGUUUUGUAUGGAAGCCUCUUUCUGCCUCGGGAUAAAUAAAUAAAGGUAACUGCAACUCUAUUUUACAAAUCAGACUUCUCACAAUUCUGAGAAAAACAACGUUGAAAGUAUCAGAAUUGCGAGAUAUAAACUUCCUAGUUACAUCUCCCAAUCACAGAAUAAAAAUGAAUUGAAAAGUAAUUUUUUUUUUUCCUCACAGUUCUCUCUCUUUUUUUUUCGCCCUCGGAAUUGUGAGAAAAGUCCAAACUGUAAGGGGGAAAAAGUCAGAAUUAUGCAAGUCACAAUUACCUUUUUAAUUUUUAUAUCCUGUGGUAGAAACAAGCUUCCAGAGUUUUGGACCCCAUUGACUUUCAUUAUAUUGACAAAAACAUUUUUUUCCUCCUUUUGUGUUCCAUAGAAAAAAAAAGCAGAACGACAUGAAAGUGAGUAAAUGAUAUUUUUAGGUGAAUAUCCCAGUAAGAUUCAAAUCGCAUCCCGCGGUUAACACAUACUGUAGUAAUCAGACACUUCACAUGCUUGUCAUCAGGCUAAUGACGGAUUGCAAGUACUAAUUGUAGAGUGAAGAUCUGACUGUUAAAUCUUGACAAAUAUUGAACAAAGUGCCUCAUUCUCAUCAGCAAUAUUUUUUGUGCUUCUGCUAGGAGUGUUUCACAUGAUUAAGCUUGUGUAAUGCCUUUGUUAAAUAGCCUGAUAUCAUUAUCAGCCAUCUUCAUUCAGUCACUCACAUGCUCUCACACAACAAUAUUUGAAAUUAUGCAGUGUAGUGUAAAAUGUAGCCAGUGUCAGCUGCUCUGACAGCCUUUGAUGGUUGGAUUGGCUGAUAUUAUUAUUUCCCGCACUGCACAUUUUUUUUAAUGAUAUGGUAUGAUACCGUAAGGCAGUCUUGUAAAUGAGCAAGUCUGACUUAAUGCUAUUUAAUUGGCAUUAUUUAUUAUUGUUUACCAGGCUUAAGUGCCUUUUCGAUGAGCAAUACACUUUAUAUGAAUGAGUAAUGUGUUGGAAAUCAAGCAGCGACAUUAAUUUCAGUGUUCAAUCUUUUGUGGAAUGGAAUCAUGAGCCAUUUACAUCUACAUAUUAAUGUUUUCUGAAAUAAUAGCCUCUCAGUUAAGCAUUAACAGUGGAACUACGAUGUAUUCCUAAAGCUGGCUGAUGCAUCAUGGAUCAUGUGCUUGUAGAUCAUGCACUCGGAGAGUGUGAGUGUGAAUCAGACCAGGUGAUUCUUCUAGACGCUGUGUAGAAAUGGCCACCAAGAUUGUACUGUUGUUGUUUUUGCUUGCUUUUCCUGUGGCAGUUCUAGACCAUAAACUAUUUAAUAAAAACAAAAUUGAUCUCUUUUC